AUGGCCGCGCCAGGCUCUGCGUUGCGGCGCGUAACAAUCGCUUCUUCGUCGCUGCUAAGGAUGAGAGUCAUCCCUGCUACCGCUACCCGAACACAAGCUACACGCACCCUUCUCGGUUCCCGUUGUCCUGUGCUAUCCUCCCACGUACCGACCCCACACUCCCUCUCCCAAACCCGACAUAGUUCCUACUCCGCGCCACCACCCGGUGAGAGUGGAAAGGCGCGGAAGAAGGUUACUAUCCAGACGCUCCAGAACAUGCAUAAGAAGGGAGAGCCAAUCGCGAUGCUCACGGCGCAUGAUUUCCCCAGUGCUCAUGUAGCCGAUGCGUCAGGGAUGGAUAUGGUCUUGGUAGGGGAUAGUUUAGGGAUGGUAGCGCUUGGACUGGAGAACACGACGGAGGUUAUUAUGGAAGAGAUGAUUCUGCAUUGUCGAAGCGUCGCGCGGGCAACGAAAGCCGCUUUCAUUAUUGGAGAUCUACCGAUGGGGUCAUAUGAAGUAUGCCCCCAGCAAGCCAUUGAGUCAUCUCUGCGUCUGAUCAAAGAAGGCCGCGUACACGGCGUCAAGCUUGAAGGUGGCCAGGAACUCGCGCCCACAAUCAACCGCAUCACAAAAGCCGGUGUUCCGGUAGUAGGCCAUGUCGGUCUCACGCCGCAGCGUCAGAAUGCACUCGGCGGCUUCCGUGUGCAGGGGAAAACGGCUAUCAGCGCCGUGGUGCUGCUACGCGAUGCACUCGCGAUGCAAGAGGCUGGCGCAUUCAUGCUUGUGCUUGAGGCGAUGCCGUCGGAGGUUGCUUCGAUCAUCACGCAGAAGCUGCGGAUCCCGACUAUCGGCAUUGGGGCUGGGAAUGGUUGCUCUGGACAGGUUUUGGUGCAGGUUGACAUGACCGGGAAUUUCCAGCCUGGUCGGUUCGUGCCGAAGUUUGUUAAGCAGUAUGCGGAUGUUUGGGAUGAGGCUGCACGUGGGAUUUCGCUGUAUCGUGAUGAGGUGAAGAGUCGGGCGUUUCCCUCGGAGCAAUACACGUAUCCGAUUGCGAAGGAUGAGCUCGCUGGGUUCCAGAAGACGGUGGAUGAGGUCUUCCGGGAUGCAUGA